CGGUGCGGGGUGACGGAAGCGGGGAGACCGCCGCCGCUGGGAGGAAAUACAUUUUCACAUUUAAGGAGUCGGCGCUCCCUCGGUACGCCCCUCUACGGGUGAUCAUCAUUCUAAAAAGCGCUGAAGUGGUCCGAGUAGCCCGGCUUUGGCACCAUGGUCUGCGGCGGCUUCACCUGCUCCAGAAACGCGCUCUGCUCUCUCAACGUGGUUUAUAUAAAGGUGGGCCUUGUGCUUAUCAGCGUGGCCGCCUGGGGAAAGGGCUUUGGCAUCGUGUCCAGCAUCCACAUCAUCGGCGGCGUGAUCGCCGUGGGCGUCUUCCUGCUCCUCAUCGCCAUCGUCGGCCUCGUUGGAGCGCUCAAACACCACCAAGUUCUGCUGUUCUUUUACAUGAUCAUCCUCUUUUUCGUGUUCCUCUUCCAGCUGGGUGUGUCCUGCUCCUGUUUGGCUAUGAACCGUGAGCAGCAGGAGAAGCUGCUCAACUCCUCCUGGGAAAUGAUGAGCAGCAUGACCCGGGAGGACCUGGAACACCAGCUGGACUGCUGUGGCCUUCUGAACACCUCGCUCAGCCAGCCUGAGUUUGACAGUGACUACCAGCACUGCACUGCACCCUGCAAACUCAGGAGCCGCUGCCAUCCGUGUGGGGACCUGAUGCUCCAGCAUGCCACGGAGGCCCUGAAGAUCCUGGGUGGCAUCGGCCUCUUCUUCAGCUUCACGGAGAUCUUGGGGGUGUGGUUGGCAGCUCGCUACAGGAAUCAGAAGGACCCCACAGCAAACCCAAGUGCUUUUCUGUAGGCCCCCAGCCAUUCAUGUGCUUUCAGAUCAGAGAACACGCGCAGCCCCAAACCCAGCAAUGCCGUUACCUUUCUCACCUCCCGUCCUUUGAAAACCACUGACUGCACUAAUGGGGCAUCUGCCCAUCCUGCUCUCAUGCUCGAUGAGCAGGACCAGAGAAGCUCGCCCUAGCCAGGCUAUUAUGACCACCUACUAGGGCAUCCUCCAUGUGCGUGACUCUCUGUGACUCGCUCUCUGUGACUCGCUCUGUCUUGUAAAGCCCCAUGCUCUUUGUCUGUCAUUUUCUGGUAGAGCUUGCGGGAGAUGUGGGGGCCCUGAUUAAUGUGGCCUUCAUGCACGUCAGUAUGGUGGCUACCAAAACCUGCCAGUCUGAUUUGGCUGCAUUGGUCAGGUGACCCUGAUUCUAGAGCAGCAGAUUAACAGCAUAUCAAUUGACUCUAGAUAGUCAGCCUGGUAAACCAGCAGCUCUGCCUUUUUUUAUUAUUCUUUGUUUAUUUUUUUUAAAUUAAUUUGACCUUUGCACAUGUCUGCCACUGGAGGGCGCUGUGGCGUUAUCCCAUCGCUGCUGAUCAUGCACUGAAUUUUCCAGCAGGAACAAGAACUCUUUUACUCUUUUUUCUGUGACCUCUUGAUUCCUCCCAGUUCACAAAUAUCUUCAAUGUUUGGCUUAGUUACAGUUGAGUUUGGUGUAUUUGUGUUUAAGCUGUUUAACCGAUGCCCUAGUUAUGCACAGUAGCCUGCGCCUUGGCGAUCGCCCCUGCUCCUCCACACCGCCUGCAGGAGCAAGCACUAAAGGUUCUCCUCCAGGCCUCCUCUGGUCCUCCUCCAGGCCUCCUCUGGUCCUCCUCCAGGCCUCCUCUGGUCCUCCUCCAGGCCUCCUCUGG